CUCCUACGACUAUUUGCAGAAAAGCAAGCCCGCCGGGAAAUAUUUGUGACGUCAGGCGUUUACUGAAUUCCUGAAAUAUUUUAGCGAUCUGUGAUGCACUGCGCGAGUUGGAGGAGCUAUUAGUUUUAUAAUAUUCUUGCCUUUGUUAUAAAUAUAAUAGCUUCCCCCUGAACGAAAAACAACGAUCAUAAGAUCUCUUAUGUUCUUUUUUAACAUUUAAGAGAGAAGGUUUGCUGUUGAUCGCAUUGUGAAUAUACACUUGAAAAGAUGCAAUCAGCACAUAGUCCUGUGACAUCAUGCUCUAGGAGCCCUCAGCGAUCCUACAUUCAACCUGGUUAUCAUCAAAACUUAUCAGGAAGUGAUACUGAUGUAUCCACUUCAACUGAGAAUUUAACUGCUGAAGAAAGGAAAGUUUUACAAAAUGGAGUGCGUCAAGAACCACAAGGAGAAGAAACCAUUAGUGAUGAUGUGGACACUAUUUCAUCUAAUACACUUAUUAUUCAUGACACUAAAAGUUUUGGUGAACACGAUUCUCCAUUUUAUAGCCAAAUGUUUAAUGUUCAAGGAAAAAGUACUGAUGCCUCCCUCAUUCAAGCUCUAGAGCGUGAUAAUAAAGAAAAGUACAAUAGAUUAUAUUCUGAAUUUUCAGAAAAUACACACUUGCAUCCUUUUUCUUGUAGAAACACUUCCUCUGGUUUGCAAUCGUCUCCAAAAAAUUCAAUAAGUAAUACAUUUUAUAAUGGAAUACAAAAGUCUCCUAUGAACACUUGGGAUCAGCAUCCCAAUGAAUAUUCUAUGAAUGCUAAUCAAAAUAUUUCUUCAUUUCAUUCUCCCCCUGGAUCAUAUCAUCUCAUGUCCAACAUGAAUUCAUAUCCUGAAUCACAUCCUGCUCAAGGAAUAACCGAAAUUCCGAAAGAUUAUCUUGAUCAAUCAGAAGUCUUGAAAUAUUUGGCCAAGGAACUGAAUCAUCAGAAUUAUUUAACUGAUAUAAGUAAUUAUUCUCCCGUUCCAGAUUAUUCCAAAAUACAAAGUGACUACGUCAAAGAUCAUACUCAGAUGUUUCUUGGAAAUUCUCCCCGAAGGCGAGGUUUAGGCAUGACAAACAUGAAAUCAAAAUCUGCUGAAAGACUCUCAGUUUCUCGUUCUCAUCCUGAUUUGAGCCAUGUGAAGCAUUAUCAUUCUGAAGAUAAUAGUGCCAAUGCAUCGCAUCUAAUCCAAAGACCUGAUAUUCAUGGAAGACUGUCUGUUGGAAAUGAUUCUGAAGUGAGUACUGUGCAAGCCAAUCAAAUGGUUGAGCUUCUCUCUGCCGAAAAUACUGCUUUGAAAACUGAAUUAGAUUUGUAUUAUAAGAAGGUCUCCAAAUUACAAAAGUUUGAAUUGGAGAUUCAAAAAGUUCACAAAGCUCAUGAGGAUUUAGUCCGCUCUACAGAAAAAAGAGAAAAUUUGGAAAGGGCUAUUCGAGCAAAGUUAGAAAUGGAAAUUAGAAGACUGCAAGAUCAUAACAAAGAAUUAAGAGAUCAACUUGAAUCUGCCACGUCUCAUUUCACAAAACAGUCAAAACCUGUUUCAGAUGUUAAUGAUUCAGAAGUUAGGAAGGAACUUAGCAAGAGGGAAGUGUUAAUUGCACAGUUAUUAACGCAAACUAAAGAAUUACUAGCUGAAAAAGAACGUCAAGAAAUUGAAUUGCAGGCACAAAGGGCAACAUUGCAAGAGCAAAGAAACCAUAUUGAUAUUCUUGAUAACGCUCUGACCAAUGCUCAAGCAAAUGUUGUGAGAUUAGAAGAAGAGUCUCGUAAGAAACAAGUAUAUGUGGAUAGAGUGGCUCAAUUACAGAAAGCUCUGACCAGUUUGCAACAAUCAAGUGAAAAACGUUUGCUCGUGGAGAAGAAACUGAGAGCACAGCUAGAAAAAGAAGUUCAGGCAUUAAAAUUACAAAAACAAGGUAGAUCAUCUUCACUGACAAAAGUUGAAAACUCAGAUAGCACAGAAAGUUUAAAGAAAACUGUAAUGGAAUAUGAGGAAAAAAUUAUUGGUUUAGAGGCAGAAGUUUCAAAGUGGGAGCAGCGAUAUAUUGAGGAAAGUACCAUGCGUCAAAUAGCUGUUGAUGCUGCUUCAGUUCCCAAGGAUGCCAAAAUCGCUGCUCUGGAAAGAACAUCUCAGGAAAGUGAAAAAUUAAUUGCCCAAGCUAGAACAGAAAAGCUUAAACAGAUGGAUGAACUGUAUGCUGCUAAUAGAAAAUGUGCAGAAUUGGAAAGCAGGAUAAAAGACUUUGAAUCAAAACUUGCUGAAAAAGAUGCAAUGAUUAAGGUUUUACAGCAACAUUCUCAAGAAAAAGAUGCAGUUUUACAGCAUGCAGUCUUAGGACGUCCACCAAGACAUACAAGAUCUGCCAGUACUGCAGGUUUGACAACAAGCAGUUGUCAUACUACAACUACAACUGGCGUUUCUUCGCUUGGACGAAUUUCACCAUCUCCCACUUCGCUUGGGCGAAUUUCCCCUUCCCCAACAAAUAGCUUGCAUCGUAAAACAGGAAGCAAAGUAGAAUGUGGAAACUCUGGUCUGAGCAUAUCAAGUGAAUCCUCCAGUUCUGCUUUGCCAUCUCAAUCUUCUCCUGUAACAGAAUCGGUUACAGCUUCGAAGAAGAGUCUUGAUGAGCAAUUGAAAGAGUUGGAUUCUCGUCUCUCUAGACUCCAUCAUAAGCGCUCUACGAGCAGAGAAAGAAAGGUAUCCAAGUCACUUCUGGAGAGUAUGAAAGAAAUGAUUUGCAACUGAAAGAUAAAAUUGCUAGUCAAUAUGUUGAAUGUGUGGCAAAACUGAGCUUCAGCUUAAGGAUUGUCUCUAAUCUUUUAGCAUGAGCAAAUUUUCUUAAAGCUGCUGGUACAGCCUGAUCAAAAUAAUUUGUUUUGCUUUGUUAUUUCAUAAUUCUUAUGAAAAUUUCCUCUAUUUUGUUAUUUCUGUUUAUUGCUUGGUUAUAAUUGCGCCCAAAACUGGAUUGUUUUUAUCCUCUCUACCUCUCAGAGUAUGAUGUUUUUAUGUAUGGUUGAAAAUUCUGCCUAUCAGUAAAGGAAAUUUCCUAUCAAGCUGGCCUUGAUUUGCAAUUUGAAGGCAUUGUAUGAAUCUUUUUAAGUUAAAAAUCCAUUGAAAAAAAAAAUCCUCUUUUAUUAUUUUCACAUACGGACUCUCUUAAUGUUCUUUAAAAGUCCCUUUGUUAUAUUGUUUACAAAAUCGCUUUUUUAACAUUGUUUUAACAGAUGUAUAUACUGAAACGUGCCACAUUUCAAGAAUAAAAAUAUUUGUUUUUGAAAA